CCAGGACUGACGAGGAAGAGAUGAGCAGCUUCUUCUUCUGCCAGUGUUUCCUCGACACAUGAAGGUGGAAAGUGUCUGUAAGUUGACCUGAGGUGAGUUCAACAGAAACCUCAGUAGAAUCUCACCAUGGCAAAGAGGAGAGCAGCGGUGAAGGAAACAGCAGAGCCCGACUUCCUGCAGUUUAAUGAUCUGGCCUGUGAGGCGGUCGGUGGGAAGAGAGGAAAGAUGGAGACACCUAAAAAGGUCCUCUUGAGAACUUUGGAAGAUUUAGGAUCCAAAGAUUUUGAAAAAUUCAAGUGGUACCUGCAGCAACCAGAGUUCCUAGAAGGCUUCCCAGCAAUCCCAAAGAGUCGACUGGAGAAUGCAGAAAGAGAGCUCACAGUGACUCAGAUGUUCCUGACCUACAGUAUAAACACUAUUAAAGUGACAAAAAUCGUUUUAGGGGAGAUGAACCAGAAUGAUCUUGUGGAAAAAUUAUCAAAAACCAUCUCAGAACCUGCAGGGAUUCUUGCUGAGUGCCAGCGAACACUGAAAUAUAACUUACAAAAGAGGUUCCAGUAUGUGUUUGAGAAAAUCACAAAAGCAGGAAAUUCUAAACUUCUGAAUCAGAUCUACACAGAGAUCUACAUCUCAAUGGAAGAGACUGGAGAGGUCAACAUGGAACAUGAAGUCAGAAAGAUUGAAACAGCAUCCAGGAAACCAGACAGGCCAGAAACAACAAUCAGAUAUGGAGACAUCUUUAAAGCCUCACCUGGAAGUGAUGAGCCAAUCAGAACAUUGAUGACAAAGGGAGUGGCUGGCAUCGGGAAAACAGUCUUAACACAGAAGUUCACUCUGGACUGGGCUGAAGACAAAGCCAACCAGGACAUACAGUUCACAUUUCCAUUCACUUUCAGAGAGCUGAAUCUGCUGAAAGAGAAGAAGUACAGCUUGGUGGAACUUGUUCAUCACUUCUUUACUGAAACCAAAGCAGCAGAAAUCUGCAGGUUUGAAGAGUUCCCGAUCGUGUUCAUCUUUGACGGUCUGGAUGAGUGUCGGCUUCCUCUGGACUUCCACAACAAUGAGAUCCUGACUGAUGUUACAGAGUCCACCUCAGUGGAUGUGCUGCUGACAAACCUCAUCAGAGGGAAACUGCUGCCCUCUGCUCGACUCUGGAUAACCACACGACCCGCAGCAGCCAAUCAGAUCCCUCGUGAGUGUGUUGACAGGGUGACAGAGGUCAGAGGGUUCACCAACCCACAGAAGGAGGAGUACUUCAAGAAGAGAUUCAAAGAUGAGGAGCAGACCAGAACAAUCAUCUCCCACAUCAAGACAUCACGAAGCCUCCACAUCAUGUGCCACAUCCCGGUCUUCUGCUGGAUCACUGCUACAGUUCUGGAGAAGGUGUUGGAGACCGGAAAGGGAGGAGAGCUGCCCAAGACCCUGACUGAGAUGUACAUCCAUUUCCUGGUGGUUCAGUCCAAAAAGAAGAACGUCAAGUAUCAUGGAAAAUGUGAGAGAGAUCCACACUGGAGUCCAGAGAACACUAAGAUGGUUGAAUCUCUGGGGAAACUGGCUUUUGAGCAGCUGCAGAAAGGAAACCUGAUCUUCUAUGAAUCUGACCUGAAAGAGUGUGACAUUGAUAUCAGAGCAGCCUCAGUGUACUCAGGAGUGUUCACAGAGAUCUUUGAAGAGGAGAGAGGACUAUACGAGAACACGGUGUUCUGCUUCGUCCAUCUGAGUGUUCAGGAGUUUCUGGCUGCUCUUCACGUCCAUCUGACAUUCAUCAACUCUGGUGUCAAUCUGAUGGCAGAAGCAACAUGGUGGUCUAAAUUUUUUGGAGGGCAACCUAAACUAACACAUCUACACCACAGUGCUGUGGACAAGGCCUUACAGAGUCCAAACGGACACCUGGACUUGUUCCUCCGCUUCCUCCUGGGUCUUUCACUAGAGACCAAUCAGUAUCUCCUACGAGGUCUGCUGAUACAGACAGGAAGUAGCUCACAGACCAAUCAGGAAACAGUAAAGUACCUCAAGAAGAAGAUCACUGAGAAUCUGUCACCAGAGAGAAGCAUCAACCUGUUCCACUGUCUGAAUGAACUGAAUGAUGGUUCUCUAGUGGAGGAGAUCCAACAGUACCUGAGUUCAGGACAUCUCUCCACAGAUAAACUGUCUCCUGCUCAGUGGUCAGCUCUGGUCUUCAUCUUACUGUCAUCAGAAAAAGAUCUGGACGUGUUCGACCUGAAAAAAUACUCUGGUUCAGAGGAUGCUCUUCUGAGGCUGCUGCCAGUGGUCAAAGCCUCCAACAAAGCUCUGCUGAGUGGCUGUAACCUCUCAGAGAGAAGCUGUGAAGCUCUGUCUUCAGAUCUCAGCUCCCAGUCCUCGAGUCUGAGAGAGCUGGAUCUGAGUAACAACAACCUGCAGGAUUCAGGAGUGAAGCUGUUGUCUGUUGGACUGGAGAGUCCACACUGUACACUGGAAACUCUCAGGCUGUCAGACUGUCGGGUCACAGAGGCAGGAUGUGCUUCUCUGGCCUCAGCUCUGGGGUCCAAAUCCUCCCAUCUGAGAGAGUUGGACCUGUGUAACAACGACCUAAAGGACUCAGGAGUGAAGCUGCUUUCUGUUGGACUGCAGAGUCCAAACUGGAAACUGGAAACUCUCAGGUUGUCAGGCUGUCUGAUCACAAAGGAUGGCUGUGUUUCUGUGGCCUCAGCGCUGAGCUCCAACCCCUCCCAUCUGAGAGAGCUGGACCUGAGCUACAAUCAUCCAGGAGACUCAGGAGUGAAGCUGCUGUCUGCUAGAGUGGAGGAUCCACGCUGGAUACUGGAGACUCUCAAGCUGUCAGACUGUCUUGUCACAGAGGCAGGCUGUGCUUCUCUGGCCUCAGCUCUGCGGUCCGAAUCCUCCCAUCUGAGAGAGCUGGACCUGAGUAACAAUGACCUGCAGGAUUCAGGAGUGAAGCCGCUCUCUGUUGGACUGCAGGAUCCACACUGUACACUGAAAACUCUCAGGCUGUCAGACUGUCGGGUCACAGAGGCAGGCUGUGCUUCUCUGGCCUCAGCUCUGUGGUCCGAAUCCUCCCAUCUGAGAGAGCUGGACCUGAGUAACAAUGACCUGCAGGAUUCAGGAGUGAAGCCGCUGUGUGUUGGACUGAAGAGUCCACACUGUGCACUGGAAACUCUCAGGUUGUCAGGCUGUCUGAUCACAAAGGACGGCUGUGCUUCUCUGGCCUCAGCGCUGAGCUCCAACCCCUCCCAUCUGAGAGAGCUGGACCUGAGCUACAAUCAUCCAGGAGACUCAGGAGUGAAGCUGCUGUCUGCUGGAAUGGAGGAUCCACGCUGGAGACUGGAGACUCUCAAGGUGGACCAUGAUGGAGAGCAGAGGUUAAAACCUAGUGUGAGGAAGUAUUUCAUUGAACUCAAACUGGACGGCGACACAAAGAGAUACUUCUCACUGUCUGACAACUGGAAGGCGAUGAUACGGAAGAGAAGCAGGACGCCCAGUCAUGGUUUACGUAAAGGCAAACUGGACCAGCUCACAAAGCUCUUACUGUCUGACGACAACAACACGUUGACACUGGACAGAAAGAUGCUGCCCAGUGAUUCUAAGGAAUAUGACUACGGUGCUCAGAUGCUGUGUAGAGAUGGUCUGACUGGUCGCUGUUACUGGGAGGUGGAGUGGAGAGAAGGGGUUUGUGUAGCAGUGACUUACAGAGGAGGCCACUUCAGAGGAGGUGAUGACUACUUGUAUGGAUGUAAUGAUCAGUCCUGGAGUCUGAACUGUACAGAGAAUGGUUACUCUGUUUGUCACAAUGAUAGAGAAACACGCAUCCCCUCCUCUUCCUCUUCCUCUUCCUCCUCUGGUAGAGUAGCAGUGUAUGUGGACUAUCCUGCUGGCACUCUGUCCUUCUACAGAGUCUCCUCUGACACACUGAUCCACCUCCACACCUUCAACACCACGUUCACUGAACCUCUUUAUCCUGCGUUUGCAAUAGUUCUUAUUUCUGGAGGCCCAACACAUUCUUCUGUGUCUCUGUGUUCUCUGUUGAAGGCUGCUGCAAACUGCAAACCACAGCUUUUAGUCACCGCCCUGCUGCUGCUGCCUGAUCUCAUCUACUCUCCAACGAGCGGAGUUAAAGAGCAGUGGGAUUCUCUGAACACCGAGAGAGGAAAGAUGGAGACACCUAAAAAGGUCCUCUUGAGAACUUUGGAAGAUUUAGGAUCCAAAGAUUUUGAAAAAUUCAAGUGGUGCCUGCAGCAACCAGAGUUCCUAGAAGGCUUCCCAGCAAUCCCACUGAGUCGACUGGAGAAUGCAGAAAGAGAGCUCACAGUGACUCAGAUGUUCCUGACCUACAGUAUAAACACUAUUAAAGUGACAAAAAUCGUUUUAGUGAAGAUGAACCAGAAUGAUCUUGUGGAAAAAUUAUCAAAAACCAUCUCAGAACCUGCAGGGAUUCUUGCUGAGUGCCAGCGAACACUGAAAAAUAACUUACAAAAGAAGUUCCAGUAUGUGUUUGAGGGGACUGCAAAAGCAGGAAAUUCUAAACCUCUGAAUCAGAUCUACACAGAGAUCUACAUCUCAAUGGAAGAGACUGGAGAGGUCAACAUGGAACAUGAAAUCAGACAGAUUGAAACAGCAUCCAGGAAACCAGACAGACCAGAAACAACAAUCAGAUGUGAAGACAUCUUUAAAGCCUCACCUGGAAGUGAUGAACCAAUCAGAACAGUGAUGACAAAGGGAGUGGCUAGCAUCGGGAAAACAGUCUUAACACAGAAGUUCACUCUGGACUGGGCUGAAGACAAAGCCAACCAGGACAUACAGUUCACAUUUCCAUUCACUUUCAGAGAGCUGAAUGUGCUGAAAGAGAAGAAGUACAGCUUGGUGGAACUUGUUCAUCACUUCUUUACUGAAACCAAAGCAGCAGGAAUCUGCAGGUUUGAAGAGUUCCCGGUCGUGUUCAUCUUUGACGGUCUGGAUGAGUGUCGACCUCCUCUGGACUUCCACAACAAUGAGAUCCUGACUGAUGUUACAGAGUCCACCUCAGUGGGUGUGCUGCUGACAAACCUCAUCAGAGGGAAACUGCUUCCCUCUGCUCGCCUCUGGAUAACCACACGACCCGCAGCAGCCAAUCAAAUACCUCCUGAGUGUGUUGACAUAGUGACAGAGGUCAGAGGGUUCACCGACCCACAGAAGGAGGAGUACUUCAGAAAGAGGUUCAGAGAUGAGGAGCAGACCAGUACAAUCAUCUCCCACAUCAAGACAUCACGAAGCCUCCACAUCAUGUGCCACAUCCCGGUCUUCUGCUGGAUCACUGCUACGGUUCUGGAGAAUGUGUUGAAGACCAGAGAGGGAGGAGAGCUGCCCAAGACCCUGACUGAGAUGUACAUCCACUUCCUGGUGGUUCAGUCCAAACUGAAGAACAUCAAGUAUGAUGGAGGAGCUGAGACAGAUCCACACUGGAGUCCAGAGAGCAGGAAGAUGAUCGAGUCUCUGGGGAAACUGGCUUUUGAUCAGCUGAAGAAAGGCAACCUGAUCUUCUAUGAAUCCGACCUGACAGAGAGUGACAUCGAUAUCAGAGAAGCCUCAAUGUACUCAGGAGUGUUCACAAAGAUAUUUGAAGAGGAGGGAGGACUGUACCAGGACAAGGUGUUCUGCUUCGUCCAUCUGAGUGUUCAGGAGUUUCUGGCUGCUCUUCACGUCCAUCUGACAUUCAUCAACUCUGGUGUCAAUCUGAUGGCAGAAGCAACAUGGUGGUCUACAGUAUUUAGAGGGCAACCUAGACUAACACAGCUACACCAGAGUGCUGUGGACAAGGCCUUACAGAGUCCCAACGGACACCUGGACUUGUUCCUCCGCUUCCUCCUGGGUCUUUCACUAGAGAUCAAUCAGUGUCUCCUACGAGGUCUGCUGAAACAGAUAGGAAGUAGCUCACAGAUCAAUCAGGAAACAGUAAAGUACAUCAAGAAGAAAAUCACUGAGAAUCUGUCUCCAGAGAAAAGCAUCAAUCUGUUCCACUGUCUGAAUGAACUGAAUGAUGAUUCUCUAGUGGAGGAGAUUCAACAGUACCUGGGUUCAGGAUGUCUCUCCACAGAUAAACUGUCUCCUGCUCAGUGGUCAGCCCUGAGCUUCAUCUUACUGUCGUCAGAAAAAGAUCUGGAGGUGUUCGACCUGAAGAAAUACUCUGCUUCAGAGGAGGUUCUUCUGAGGCUGCUGCCAGUGGUCAAAGCCUCCAACAAAGCUCUGCUGAGUGGCUGUAACCUCUCAGAGAGAAGCUGUGAAGCUCUGUCUUCAGUUCUCAGCUCCCAGUCCUCUAGUCUGAGAGAGCUGGACCUGAGUAACAACGACCUGCAGGAUUCAGGAGUAAAGCCGCUUUCUGUUGGACUGCAGGGUCCACACUGUACACUGGAAACUCUCAGGUUGUCAGGCUGUCUGAUCACAAAGGAUGGCUGUGCUUCUCUGGCCUCAGCGCUGAGCUCCAACCCCUCCCAUCUGAGAGAGCUGGACCUGAGCUACAAUCAUCCAGAAGACUCAGGAGUGAAGCUGCUGUCUGCUGGAGUGGAGGAUCCACACUGGAGACUGGAGACUCUCAAGGUGGACCAUGAUGGACAGCAGUGGUUAAAACCUGGUCUGAGGAAGUAUUUCAUUGAACUCACACUGGACUGCGACACAAAGAGAUACUUCUCACUGUCUAACGACAACAAGACGAUGACACUGGAGAGAAAGAUGCCGCUCAGUGAUUUUGAGGAAUAUGACUACUGGGAACAGCUGCUGUGUAGAGAUGGUCUGACUGGUCGCUGUUACUGGGAGGUGGAGUGGAGAGGAGCGGUUAAUGUAGCAGUGACUUACAGAGGAGGCCACUCCAGAGGAGGUGAUGACAGCUGGUAUGGAAGGAAUGAUCAGUCCUGGAGUCUGGACUGUUCAGAGCUUCAUUACUCUGUUUGGCACAAUGAUAGAGGAACACACUUCCCCUCCUCUUCCUCCUCUUCCUCCUCUGGUAGAGUAGCAGUGUAUGUGGACUAUCCUGCUGGCACUCUGUCCUUCUACAGAGUCUCCUCUGACACACUGAUCCACCUCCACACCUUCAACACCACGUUCACUGAACCUCUUUAUCCUGCGUUUACAGUCGCUCUUCUUUCUGGAGAACCAACAUGUCCUUCAGUGUCUCUGUGUUCUCUGUAGGAGCCCUGACGAAAAAGAAGUUUAUUCAAGAGUGCUAGUAGUAUACUUCUGUUAAGACUGGCCCACACUGAAAGAUUUUUCAAAUCUUAACAGAUUUUGAAAAUGUGAGAGAACCCACACAUAACGACAUGUUCUGUUAAAUUUAACAGUUUUGUUCCUGUAGUGUGUGGAGAGCAACGAUUUGACCAAAACAGCCACCACACAGUAACAGAUUCAUACGAUAACGUUUCCUGUCCGUGACAGAGUUAGCAUGCAGCUUUAGCCGUGAUGUCUAGCUCUGCUUCUCCUGCAAUGUGUGAAACCCAAAGUGUUUCCAUACUUUACUGGAUGUGUAGUAUUUACCACUUUGGAUUUAACAUGUGAGGGUGCAGGUCGUAUCCACAUGGACGCUCCGCCGUUUUCUACUUUGUCGUUUUGGCUCGCUGCGGUUUCAUCAUGUGCACUAUCACACACAAACAACUUAAAUUGAUAAUAUUACUAUAUCUGGGUGUUUCUGCAACUUUACAAAAAAAUAUGAAUUUUGUAUGUAAUAUAUGAACAGGUACACAAAGUUACAUCUAGUCGUCAGGAUUUUAAUCUGUAACAUGUUUAUUCUUUAUGGUUUUCAUCACUAAAUGUCCUUACUGCAGCAUUACAAUAAUGUUAAUUUUAUAAAUUUUGCUUUUUUGAAAUUUCUAUAUUUUUAAGACAUUUAAAUUCAUUUUCAUCAAGCUUUGUGCAUCAUUGUAAAUAUUGAUAUAGUAAAUUUUUUUUUACAAGAGCCUACCAUUAUUUGUACAUCUAAGAUAAACGUACUGCAAGUUAUUUUUAAAUGUUACUGAUCUGUAUUAUGGUGGAGGAGACGUUCCACGUACCUAGAGUCAGUCUGCGAUGCCGGGGGUCAGCACGCCGAAGUCCCCACCUUUGCCUGCCGCUUGGCUCACAUUGCACCUGACCCCAAUGCCUAUCCCUGCGGGUGGUUAAGAUUAUUCUUGAACAUUGAAAUAAAAAAUGGUUCAUGGACCUUG